CCCUAUUAAUUCCCCACCCCAUCUGCUAACCCCCACUCCCGCCUCUCCCCUCCCACAAAAUCCUAGGGUUUCUCGAUCCCCUUCUCUCGCCGCCGCCGCCGACGAGUAAUACCCGCCCGCUUCCGCCAUGUUGGAGCUACGGCUGGUGCAGGGGAGCCUUCUGAAGAAGGUCCUGGAGGCGAUCCGUGACCUAGUCACUGACGCCAACUUCGACUGCUCCGGGACGGGGUUCUCGCUGCAGGCCAUGGACUCCUCCCACGUCGCGCUCGUGGCGCUGCUCCUCCGCUCCGAGGGCUUCGAGCACUACCGCUGCGACCGCAACCUCUCCAUGGGGAUGAACCUCAACAACAUGGCCAAGAUGCUCCGGUGCGCCGGGAACGACGACAUCAUCACCAUCAAGGCCGACGACGGCUCCGACACCGUCACCUUCAUGUUCGAGUCCCCCAAUCAGGAUAAGAUUGCGGAUUUCGAGAUGAAGCUGAUGGACAUCGACAGCGAGCACCUCGGAAUCCCUGACUCCGAGUACCAGGCCAUUGUACGCAUGCCGUCUUCUGAAUUCUCCAGGAUCUGCAAGGACCUUAGCAGCAUCGGAGACACUGUUGUCAUCUCGGUCACCAAGGAGGGUGUCAAGUUCUCCACUGCUGGAGACAUUGGAACUGCAAACAUAGUUUGCAGACAGAACAAGACUGUUGACAAGCCAGAGGAGGCUACUAUCAUUGAGAUGCAAGAACCAGUAUCAUUAACCUUUGCCCUAAGGUACAUGAACUCCUUCACCAAGGCAAGCCCACUCUCGGACCAAGUGACCAUCAGUCUUUCAUCUGAACUACCAGUGGUGGUUGAAUACAAGAUUGCAGAGAUGGGCUACAUUAGAUUCUAUCUUGCACCAAAGAUUGAAGAAGAUGAGGAAAUGAAGUCAUGAUUGCAUCUCAAGGAUAUGCUUAUGCUGCUUGCUUUUCCAGGUCUUACGACCACUGUUUGCUUAACUAUUGUUUGUAAGCAAAAUGGAUGUUAUGCUUGCUUUAGCUACUCUUCUGUACCUGACUGCUCUGUGGAUCUUUGGACCUCAGGGUAUCAAUGUUGUUAGCUUAGUGAUGUUCAUUUCGUUUCCUGAAUUUUACUUCAUUGGCGGAACUGUAGUGUGCUGCUUCUGGUUUUGCUUAGCUGACUACGCUAGGUUGAGCAUGAAAAUACCUCGUUUGUGCUUUAGAGGCAGCAUUCUGAGGAACAAAACUAUGCAACCAUUGCCAAAAUUUAGGCUAGAUCAUCAUUUUAUCGUAGAGUUAGUUUUUAGCACAUUGAGCAAUAGAGCUGUACGUUUUGAGA